AUGGCAGUUCCGGAGUUUGAAAUGGGUGUGUACCACUCAACCAGGGGCAUGACGAUCCUGCUGCUUGUUGCCGAUAGCGGGUGUUGCGAAGCCACCCUGGGCACCUGGGCGGGCUGGACAGCGCUUGGCAAAUGCAACAUCGUCAGGCGUCGCAAGGUUUCAUGGGUUCACGGGGCGUGGAUUCUUUUCCGAUUGGCUAGCCAUGUUCUAGAAGACAAAGAAGCUUGCUUGCCCCGAUCGUGCGCCUAUCUGACAACGUCCGGCGCACAACGUCGGAAGGAAAAGUCGCCCCCACGGUUCGGUCGUUCUUACCACUACCACUACCACUCUUGCGAUGUCCCAGAAAAGAGGUUGGAACGCGCGAUCAAAGUUGCCCAACUGCAUGGCCAGAACAAGACACGGGGGAAAAGCCGAGGAGGGACCCCCGCCCAAACAUCUCACUCCAUGAUCAUCCCCGGCUGCUCUUUCGAUGUAGAUCCAUGA